AUGUCUUAUAAACUAAUAAAGUCUCUUCUUUGGUUUCCUUUGACAAUCAAUCAAACUUCGUUAAUCUUGCAAAGACUUUCAUGUCCUUAUCUAAAUAAUAGUUCACUAAAAUUUAUUGCAAGUCAGCGAAGAAUGGUUGGUAGUCAAAGUCCCAAACCAAAGAAGUCAAGUGUCUACACCAGAACGGGUGACAAAGGUUACUCUAGUCUAUAUAGUGGAGAAAAACGACCAAAAUAUGAUGAUAUUUUUCAUGCAUUAGGAACUGUGGAUGAAUUAAAUUCGAUUGGAAAUGAGUUGGAUAAAAACUUGGUCGAAAUACAAUGUAGAUUAAUUGAGAUUGGAUCAAGUAUCGCAACUCCACGAAGUACUUCAAACGAAAAUAAAUUAUCUUACACAUCCUUUGACGAAGAAAAUGUUUCAAAAUUGGAAUUUUUAAUUGAUGACCUCGAUUCUAAACUUCCUUCUUUAAAUAAUUUCAUUCUCCCUUCUGGUGGAGAAAGUGCGGUAUUCUUACAUCAGUGUCGUUCGAUAUGUCGUAGAGCUGAACGAAUCACAAUACCAUUAAUGGAAAAGGGUAUAACAGAGAAUACAAUUGGAAAAUAUUUGAACAGAUUAAGUGAUUAUUUCUUUGUUGCAGCAAGAUACGCUGCCAUGUAUGAAGGUCAAACCGAAAAUAUUUAUAUACAAAGAAGGACAGAUAAACCAAGUGAAUUAUUAACAAGGGAAUUAAAGAAAGAUUAA